UUUUAUAAAAACGAGGAAAGUUGCGCACCACUGUAUUGGACUCCCUUCUCUCUUGUGAACGAUUUGCGAUCCGAACGGACAUUGCAAAAGCUAGCAGAAGAAAUUUGUCGGAGAAUAAAACCACGUGUGUGUUCAGCGUUGUCGGAUUUUGUUAAAUAUUCGGAUAAGUUUCUUAUUGCACACAUAUUAUUUGUAUACACUUGUUAAUCUUGCAACGAACAUUUAUUAAACAGACAUGAAUAUUAUUAUUCAUCUUUCAACGCACAACUAUUUAUAGGCUUUAUUUGCUGAAAAUCUUAUUUUACUUUGUUGCUCCACGAUUGCAACUUUGUUAAAAAUAGGACUUAAACAUGACCUAAUGUGAAAUACAUUAACAAAAGUGUAUACUUGUUCUUUCGUGUAAAGAAGUGAGCCGAAAAUUUCGACAAAAGAUCAAAGCUGUUUUGGACACACAGAAAAAACAUUCAAAUAAUUAUAUCACAAAUUAGUCUACGGAUACACCAAUGACUAAAGAUAAAAAGUUGAUGCAUGCUGUGCACUGUGUAUCAACGUCCUAUUCACAUUGCACCAUAUUUUUAUUAUUUUUGCCAAAUACAUUAAAUUUACACUAGAGAUCUAAAAUGGCUGCCUAUAUCAAUCGCACAAUGGUACAACCGACCAAGAUUGGAGGGGACAGCCAACUUCGAUCAUCAGAUAUUAGAAAUGAUAAUUCUCCUCUACAGAUUUUCGUUAAAGCUAAGAAAAGAAUAAACGAUAUAUUUGUGGACAUAAGAAAAUAUGUAGAAGAAACUGUAGAAUUUAUGACAUUAUUGCAAGCUGAUAGCAAUAUUGUAACACUAGAAGAGGCAGAAAAAGUCAAAAGUUACAUUGAUAAAGUGCGUGCAAUAAAAGAUGUUCUUCGAAGAGAUCACAUGAAAGUCGCUUUCUUCGGCAGAACAAGUAACGGAAAAAGUACCGUAAUUAACGCUAUGUUGCACGAUAAAAUUUUGCCGAGUGGAAUAGGACACACAACAAAUUGUUUUUUGCAAGUGGAAGGCUCCGAUAAUGGGGAGUCGUAUCUCAUAACGGAAGGAUCCAAUGAGAAACAACCAGUUCAAUCUGUUGGGCAGUUAGGUCACGCUCUUUGCAAAGAAAAAUUAUGCGAGAGUCAAUUAGUAAAAAUAUUUUGGCCGAAGGAGAAAUGUUUGUUGCUGCGAGACGAUGUAGUGUUUGUAGAUAGUCCAGGAGUAGAUGUAAGUCCGAAUCUCGACGAAUGGAUUGAUAAACAUUGUUUGGAUGCUGACGUUUUUGUUUUAGUAGCUAAUGCAGAAUCGACUUUGAUGGUUACAGAAAAGAAUUUCUUUCACAAAGUAUCAACAAAAUUAUCGAAACCGAAUAUAUUCAUUUUAAAUAAUCGAUGGGAUGCCUCUGUCUCUGAGCCGGAAUUUUUUGAUCAGCUGGUCCAAGAACAAAAAGAGGUUCGAGCACAACAUCAAGAACGCGCUGUUGAUUUCUUAUCGAGAGAGUUAAAAGUGUACAAUCCGAAGGAUGCCGAAGACUAUGUUUUCUUUAUUUCAGCGAAGGAAACUCUUCAAGCUCGUUUGCAAGAACAACGUGGUCAACCUGCUCAUAACGGAGCGCUGGCCGAUGGAUUUCACAAUCGAUAUUUUGAGUUUCAAAAUUUCGAACGAAAAUUCGAAGAAUGUAUUUCGAAGUCCGCGGUAAAGACCAAAUUCGAGCAGCAUUCUCAACGUGGUAAACAUAUCGCAACCGAAAUACGUGACACGUUAGACGAAAUAUUGGAUCGAACGCAGAAAAUGCGAAGUGAACAGUUAAAUAUCAAGAAAGAAGUGCACAAUAAACUGAAUUUCACCGAACAACAAUUGAUACAGCUUACUCACGAAAUGAAAGAAAACAUUCACCACAUAGUAGAAGACGUAGACCAAAGAGUUCGUAAAGCUUUAAGCGAAGAGAUUCGUCGAUUGGCUGUUUUGGUGGACGAAUUUAGCGUUCCGUUUCACCCCGAGCCGCUCGUGUUAAAUGUGUAUAAGCGAGAACUUCACACGCACGUGGAAAAUGGUUUAGGAUCAAAUUUACGAGCUAGACUCAGCGACGCUUUAGCGACAAACAUGGAAAGCUCGCAGAAAGAAAUGACCGAAAGGAUGGCAAGUUUAUUGCCCGAAAAUAAGAAACACUUGUCGCUCAACAUUCUGCCACGGCGUGAACGGUUCGAGAUACUGUAUCGAUUGAACUGCGACAAUUUGUGCGCCGAUUUUCACGAGGACCUGGAGUUUCGUUUUUCAUGGGGUUUCACGGCUCUAAUCACAAGGUUUGCGGGGAAACAGGGUCACAGAAUAGCUGUAGCCAAUUGUCCGCAGGAGAUACCGCCCUGUAUUUCGUCACCUGCGGAUAGUAUAGAUUCGUUAAAAUACGUGUCGGCCACACCGAGCAACUUUCAGGCGAGGUCCGACGACUGGUCUCUAGCUAGUCGUAUAGCAGUUGCGUCCAUAACGUCUCAGGGCACCAUGGGUGGCCUUCUUAUAGCUGGUUUUAUGUUAAAAACAAUAGGUUGGAGAUUGAUUGCAAUAACUGGUGCUAUAUAUGGCGCUUUGUAUCUCUAUGAACGUUUGACAUGGACCAACAAAGCGAAGGAGCGUGAAUUCAAACGACAAUAUGUUACACAUGCUACGCAGAAGCUUCAAAUGAUUGUAGAUCUCACUUCGUCAAACUGCAGUCACCAAGUUCAACAAGAGCUCUCAAGCACAUUUGCACGACUCUGCAAUUUGGUGGACGAAUCGAUAUCCGAGAUGAACACUGAUCUUCGAGGUAUAGCGACCACCUUGGAAAAAUUGGAAAAAGCGGCGGCUAAGGCGAAGCACCUUCGAAACGAGGCGAACUUCUUGAUAAACGAGCUCGAGACGUUUGACGCAGCGUACUUGAAACCCUUGAAUUAGAUAAAGUGUUGAGUUUGAGGCAGCAUAAUAACGUCGGAGAAUUAGUACUAAAUACUUAUUUUAUAAUUAAUUUACAAAUUUGAUUGCCAUCCUGCUUUCAGUGAGCGAUAAUUAUGUGACAUCCAAAAUGAUUUAGACACACUCGUUAAUAUAAAUUUCGUGUUUUUAUCGUACGUUUGAGAGAUUUAGUAAUAGUUUUUUUUUUCUCUCUCUCUCUCUUUCUUGUAUUCUUUUUGUACAUAUACGAAAGAGUCAAAGUUACGUUGUCUAGAGAAAUAUAUACAUAUAAGAAUUGAGAAAACACGUUUUUGACAGCUAGAUUAAAAAAAUGUACUAUAAUAAUACAAGGCGCAAGGUCUUUUACAUAGUAUCAUUGAAUGUUUCUACUUGAGAGACACAAAAAAAACUUGAAUCGUGCAGCGGGAGAUAAUAACGUCUUAUAAUCGAUUUUUAUGUUACAUAAAUUAUCUUUAUUAUUUCAGCAAAUUGGUGUUUCGAUCUGUAAUUUGAUAUAUAACAUUGUGUGACAUUUAAAAGCAAAUGCAAAAUAACGUUUUUAUGCGUGUGUAUCUGUAUGUAUAUAAUUUUUGAAGAUACAUGUACAAAUAAUUCCGAAAUUUGAUUAGAUCGUGGCAUUAUUGUAUGUGUAUAUAUUUCUGUUGAAUUUUGUUUGUGAUGUAAAUCGAAUAUAACGAGCUUCUCUUUGAUCUAUUACAGAUAGUUUCUUUUAUUUGGCUAAAAGAAUCAGACGCUAUAGAAAUCUAUUCUUUUUGUUAGGAUGUAUUUAUUGAAGAAUGUAUGUUACACUUGUACAACCACUUAUAAAUAAAAUAUUAUUAAGUAAUUGAAUAAUGAA